UGCCCUGUCUCUGUCUCGCCUCCUCUCCUCUCCUCUCCUCUCCCCCUGCUUUCGCGUUGCCGAGCGUUUCCAGUUCCCGUGCCCUGCAUUCGCGCCGCCCUCUUCUUCGGAUUAUAUUCUCUCUUCGUCGAAACAGUUUCUUCUGGGUACACUCGGAAAAAGGCAAAUCAAGCGCAGGUUUACAUCUUCAAUCCAAGGAAAAUAGCGUGGAUGUUUUAAUGGAGACCAAAGGUGGGAAAAAGAGUGGCAGCAGUAAUUCGUUACACUACGAAGUCCCUCUCGGAUACUGCAUUGAAGACAUCCGUCCCAACGGUGGCGUCGAAAAGUUCCGAUCUGCUGCUUACUCCGACUGCCUGAGGAAGCCAUCCUGAUACGCCCUCUGGCUAAUGGCUGGUUCAGUAGAGUAGAAUUCAUCCCCCUUUCUUUCUCUCUCCCUCUAUCUGUCUCUCUGCUCUUGUCUGUCUCUGUGAAAUUGCUCUGCUUUGAUACUGUUUCCACAAGCUCAGACUCUAGACAUAAAUGGCUGUUUUAGACCAACCCAGGAACGACCCACCCACUCACUCACCAAUCGGCUUCGAGGGCUUCGAGAAGCGCCUCGAGAUCACCUUCUCUCCGCCGCCCAUCUUCGCCGAUCCCUCUGGCCUCGGCCUUCGCCGCCUGACUCGGACCCAGCUCGACUCCAUCCUCGAGCCGGCUCGCUGCUCCAUCGUGGCUCAGCUUUCUAGCGCCGAGCUCGACUCCUACGUCCUCUCCGAGUCGAGCCUCUUCGUGUACCCUCUCAAGAUUGUCCUCAAGACGUGCGGGACCACGAAGCUGCUCUCUUCAAUCGAGCCUAUACUUCAACUCGCUGAGUCGCUCUCACUCGGCGUCGACUCGGUCAAGUACUCGCGUGGCAGCUUCAUCUUCCCACACGCCCAGCCUGCCCCUUAUCGUAACUUUGCGGACGAGGUUGAUGUCCUGAACGGCUUCUUCGGGGGAUUGUUCGCCGAGGCGUACGUGAUCGGCGACCCGAGGGUCCCUAAUCGCAACUGGCACAUUUACUCGGCUGGCAAGGCCGCGACGGAUGCCCGCCGCCUGGCUUUGCCGGGCGUGAUCACCCUGGAGAUUUGCAUGACGGGGUUGGACAAGAGCAAGGCGUCCGUGUUCUUCAAAAAAUCGGGGGACCCUGAUUACUCGGCGAAGCAAAUGACGAAACUGUCCGGGAUAUCGGAAAUAAUUCCUGGCCACACGAUCUGCGACUUUGACUUUGACCCGUGCGGGUACUCGAUGAACGGGAUCGAGGGUGCAGCGUCUUCCACCGUGCACGUGACCCCAGAGGAGGGGUUCAGCUACGCGAGCUACGAGGCCAUGGGGAUUGACCCCGAGUCCGUGAAGCUUGACGCGCUAGUCAAGCGAGCGCUGAGAUGCUUCGGGCCCACCGAGUUCUCCGUCGCGGUCACGUGCAGCGGCAGCGGCAUCGGGGCCCACCUCUGGGCCAUGGUGGCCGUGGAGGGCUACACGUGCGAGAGGGUGGUGGAGCAGGCGCUGCCCGGCGGCGCAUGCUUAGUGUACCUGACGUACGCGAAAGGCGGCAGUUGGCGCUGGACCGGCACACCUGCAAAGUCCGCGGCGGCGAAGCAGUGCUGCCGAGAGGAGGCAGCGGAGGAGGAAGUGGAGGGUGCAGCAGCGGUGGCCGGCGAUGGAGUGACGGCGAGGUCGUGCAUGGCGCCUGCUCGGGCCGGAGUUACUAGCUAGGUGGUUAUUGGGCGGAGUGAAUAACUUGUGGUUGCAGUGCGUUUAGCACCUGUUUGUUUUCCAAAGUAUUCUACGUCGAAAGCUCGUGCCGUCCUGAAUUUUGUUCUUGCGAAUGUUUCUACUUUAUUCAUGGAAUAAAGAUGUGGGUCUUCCCAUGUUUGGGCUU